CUGCACCUCAGUCGUAAGAACUCUUUCUUUAAUCACGUCACUACAAUAGCAGAGUGGUCUUUUGUACGAGCUAAAUUUGGUGUUAGCGCGCGACUGAACUUGGGGAUUGUUUUCUGCAGAGCGGAGUGGGGUUGCAUUACUGCCCCAGAAAAGUGCGGAUAUUUUUGAAGCAUCAUGGAAUGGGUCUGGGGCUGCAUUCUGCUGGUUUUGCCAGGAGGGCUGCAAAUAUCUGCACAAACCGUUUCCGCCUCGGAGGAUCCCAACAGUGUGUUUUGCCAUUCAAAUCCGUGCCAGAACAACGGAACCUGCGUCAACAUGCUACGCCCAGGGAGUGACCGAUCCCUCUCGGUAUGCAAAAAUGGGGCGUGUUACAAGCUCAUUUUAGAGAAGAAAACAUGGGAGGAGGCAACCCUAGCGUGUAACGUCAUGGGUUCAUCCUUGAUUGCCAUGGAAACGACGGAGGUGCAGGGGGACUUUGUGAACACCAUCAAAGAUCACCAUUUGCACAGUGAGUGA